AUGAGCAGCCUUAACGGUCUCGGCCUGCCAGGACUUGCGCCAGACACUGGUUUGAGCGUCACGCCAUUGCAGCCUGUGGUUAGGACGGUAGAAAAGGACCUACUGCCUAAAAUUGACAUUAUAAAACCAAAAGAACUCAAAUACUAUGUGGCAGCAUGGAACAGCCUCGUGCCACAGGACGCCACGGACUUCAUCGAGCCCGCGGCAAGUGACAGGUACAAGGCGUUGCCUUUUGGAGCUUCAAUCUCAUUUCUUGCUCUAUUGCCUUCUCCAGGGACAGUACUUCCGAUUCGGGUCCGUGAUGAGAUGUCGGAAGUUCAGAUUCCUGCGGGUGCACGCCUUUCUGUUCGCUGGGAGGUUAUGAUGGGAGAGACAAAUUCUUCUGGCGUUAUUCAGGGCUGCCAAUUGGCGAGACCUGGGGCUUCCAUUGAUGAUGUUGGGGCAGCGUAUCAGAUCGUCGAAGGCAGUCUGUGAGCGGCAAUCGUUCGUACCUUGGCCAAAUCCAGCAACGACCAAUAAUGUCCCGACGGGAGGGAAUAGACUCUUUCAAGUUGACCUCAUUGUAUCGGUCUGGUGGCCCGGGAUCGAGAUCGAGAAGGGCGCGGCACCAAAGAUACGGAAAACCAAAGCUGAGGACAAGAAGCCGAAUGAGCAGCCUUCCUGGGACAAGACUACACUGACGGAUACUGGCACCAAGCUUUUCGAGGGUGUGACACCUUCGACAGUGAAUCCAACCCUGUUCUUGCGAAAUAUGUUCGACAUCGCAGCUAGUGACUUUGCCCCGAAGCCAGGCAGUCCUGUGGAUAUCCUACUCAGGCCGAAAGAAGCUAUUUCAAGUGUUCCACGAAUCGUACAGAGCGUCGUUGAGCAGACCCCGAGAGUGCAAAUUCAAGCGGGACUCGAUGUGGCCAACUACUCUAAGGGGCUCUUCCGGUCUCUGCAAUCAGUACUUCCUGACGAAUUCGCGCAUGUCGACCCAAAGGUCACUGCUGUGGGCUUGGACGUUGCGGAAGUCCUGAAUAGUGCUCUUUCGAUCCCUUUGGCAGCAUCCAUCAAUGGAUGUACUACGACUAAGACCAUGAUACCCAACGCCUACGAAGCUUUGCCCUCUUUCGAGACUGUUGCAGGUCGCAUGGGUGGCUUAGCUGGAACUGUUCCAGUCGGAAACCUCAUUGGCAAGAUCAUGGCGAGAACAGACAAGCUCCUAUUCGAUGCCAAUGACAAAAGUGGUCAGCCUUGUAAGGAUCGUUUCAAGCAACUCAAGACCACGGCGGAUUUCGCAAUGUCUCUAAUCCCCAUCCCUUCGAUAACUGCUAUGCGCGAUGGAAAGACCGAGGACAGUGUCACGAUAACCGUGAAGAUUCAAGUGGAUUUCCAGGUCCCAGGUAGCACGCAACUGAUCAAGCUCUAUUUGCCAACACCUUCCAUCACGCUGGAGAUGCCGCAGAUUCCUAUCCCGCAGAUCUUUAUGGCCUGGCGACAUGCCGAAAUGAAGGGCAAUGAUAUUUUCUGGUCGCUCGAUCCCUACUGCAAUGCAAGAAUGGGGACAGCGCAGCAGACAACAGAGCACCUCCGAGGCCUCGUCACAAUUCUCGAACACACCACUCAAAUUCUUCCACUAGAUUUCAUGCGAACAGUCCCCAAUGGCGUGCCAAACUUCGAAAUGUGGAGAUCCUUGCUAGAAACUGCAAAAGAUAUCAUUCUCGGCUUCAACAGCAAGAACGGACAAACGUAUUCUAAAUACGGCACUCAAGGUCGCGAUCCCAUGUGGCCCAGAUGCUACAAAAUCGACCUGAACGAUCAUGGCUGGUUAGAGCAUAACCAAGAACAACACAAAGACCACGGCGAUAGCAUCUCAGCGUUCCUCUGGCUCGGUGCUCCUUCUCAAAAGGAUAAUGACUGGCGUCUUAUUCUCACGCACGACGAUACUGUGCAAGAGAGAGGUUGCAUCUGUCUACCUUUUACUCGACCGCUAGAAGAAUACAACCUGACAUCGCCGAAAACGAGGCGGAAUGUGUGGGCUUUUCGAGCCAUGUCUGAUAAGAAUCUUUCGGUGCAGGAUGCGCUUGUGUAUAAUCCUUACUCUGUGGGCCCGGAAAAUGGACGGCUUAUCGGCAAUGGGACGCAGAUUGGGGAAACUGAGAAGUCGCCGGGAACGUGGAAUGAUCGCAUUAGGUCGCUAGUUUGGGUGCCUGGAUGGGAGAAUACGUUUUGGAGGUUGAAUACGAAUUUCAAGGGAUGA